AUGUCCAGUCGCCGUCCCUCCGCGAACCACACGCCGUCACCUGUCUUGGCCGCCGUCCCCGCCGCAGCGGCCCGCCGGGCCCAGGCGCGGCCCGCCCAGGCCCGCGCCGCUGCCCGUCGCCAGCGUGUUGUGCUCCGCCGCCCGCACCUCACCGCCUCGCGCCUCGUCCCCGCCGCCGGCUGCCCCGGACCCCGCCGCCUCCGCGCACGCCUCCCACGCCGGCGCCCGAGCCCGCGGCCCGUCGCCCGCCGGAGUGCGCCGCCCGCCCCGCCGCCGGAGCGCGCCUCCACGCCGGAGCUCCGCCGUCGCCUCGCCCCGUCGACCACCUCCCACGGUGCCGUCGUCCCGUUCGCCGGCGAGCCGCGCCGCCCCUCCGGCCUCCUCCCUCCUCUCCCCGCCGGCGCGCCUCUGCCGCCGUCCUCCGGCCCGAGCCGGCCCGAGUUCGGCCGAUCUGGAUCCGGUGAGAUCCCCCGAGCGUUGACUUUCUCGCCCCCCUUUUUUUUCUCCAAGUCUGGAUUUCUCUCAUCAUGUGCUCAUGUUUGA